AUGGUACAAAACUGGGUUUUGGAAGAUAUGGCACUAAAAGUUGUUUGGGUGUGCCCCGAAGUUAGGGCGAGUUAUCUUAUUAUUGAGACUCUCGUUAUGUCUUCUUGGGUAGACCUGCCUGCCGAUACGGAGGGUAACGAGAUUGCUCUCAAUCCCUCCGUAUCGUCGUUGUACAACGAAAUAGAGAGUUCCGACUCUUUACGAGCACGGAAUCGCCUAUUGUCGGAGUCUUGGGAACGGGUCGAGGGGACGGAACGGGCCCUCCAGAACGAGGGGGAUCCAGGCCGGCGUCGGGAAUUAACCGCGCGCCUGGAUCAGGAAAUACGAGCCCUCCAACGACAAAUCCAUCUCGGUCGAAGAGCUGAUUCCAUUCGGGAUCGGCAAAUCGCCGAGUGGAGGGGAAGGUUUAAUACGGAAUUAGCAGGGAUAGAGGAGGAAAGCGCACGCCGUGCGUUCCUUAAUUGGUGUCUCCGUGUGCUCAUCCAUGCACACGAGGACCAACCUCCCCAGAACUAAAUCCGUUCGUUCGUUCUCUUCUUUCUUUUCAUAGAUUUAAGUCUGUUUGUGC